AUGGCGGAUGCCGGGCAGCAGCUGCGAUUCAGCGUGGUGUCCUUUGCGGGUCCGGGGGUGCCCCUGGCUGUGGUGGGUAGCUGCCCGUCCCUGGGCCAGUGGGACCCCCAAAAAGCCGUGGUUAUGCAGCCACGGCACGGGGAUAUGCGGCUCCAGUCAGAGCCAGACUUCCACUGGGCGGAUAUCUUCUGCCCGGAGGUCUUGGCGGGGGAGAAGGUGGAGUACAAGUUUCUGGAAAAACAUGGCCACGGGGUGAAGUGGGAGGAGCUUGGAGCGAACAAGAAUCGCUGCCUGGAUCGCGGAGCUUUCUCGGACUCGACAAGUCCUCUGGUCCUCCUGGAAGUGGUUCGCUUUGCAGACCCCAAUGGUGCGGAGAGCGACCAUACAGCCCGCUUCUAUCAAGGCGUGAAAGAGCGCGGCGAGAUCUCCAUCCGCAAGGUCCUGAACAAUUUGUAUGUGGGCUCCUGUCCCAGACAGCAGACGCACAUCGAGACCUUGAACCUUCUGGGAGUGACGUGUGUGGUGAACUUCCAGACUGAGGAGGACUGCAAAAGGAAUUGCGUGGCGGGCAUCGGCAUGGAAGAGGAUCCCCUGGCAGUGAGCCGGAUCUAUGAGAGCAAGGGCAUGCAAUACAUUUGGAUGCCCACCUUCGACAUGUCCACGGACGGGCGGGCGCAGAUGUUGCCCCAGGCCUCCUUCCUUUUCGCGGAACUCAUCAGGAGGGGCCACACGGUGUACAGCCACUGCAACGCGGGGGUGGGCCGCUCAGUGGCGGCGGCCUGUGGGUAUUUGGUCUUCGCGCUGGGUCUGGAGAUGCGGCAGAUGCAGCAUGUGAUGGCCAGCUGCCGUCCCGUGGCGUUCUUCGACUUCGAGGCCCUCAACCGGGCCAGGGACAAGUACCAGAAGAUGUUCGGCAAGGACACGGAUGCCGAGGCGGACAAGCGAUGCAAGGAGGAAGCACUGGCACUUCUUUGA